CUGCGAAAGUGUUGAAAGCGCGUUGACAUGUGCUUGACAUUCCCCUCUGCACGCUCGACUCUAACAACGGCCGCCCCUGUCGCUCGCCUUGGCCAACCAUCCUUGCCAUCUGAACCAAAAGGCCAAUGCACCCGCCUCUCUCCUCCCCCUUCGCCCAACGAAUGGAGCCUUGACUCCAUCCAUGGCUGCCAAUGACCCGUCGCAUCGCCGCAACCAGAGCGCCAACUCCAUACCCUUGCAGGACCUUGGUCAAAAUGGAGCAAGGUCGGAAGAGGCAGAUCUUGGGCUUGGGAGACUGGACAGCCAUCGGCGCAACUUCAGCGAUCGCGUCGCCGCUCUACGCCCGGGCAGCAGAAGACUUGUCACGACGACCAACAGACGCUACGAACCCCUAUCACAUCGAUCCCCAAGCCCGCCGACGGCAAGAGCUGGACAGUCCUCUCCUGUGGCAUUCGUGACAUCGCCGACCGGCCAUCGUCAACGCAUCCCAAAUGAGGAAGACGAAGCCGCAUACUCUCCUAUUCGCGAUGCCGGCGCGUUUCAAGCAGCUAUUGGCUUCGCCGGGCUGAGCUAUGAUGCCAGCUCACCGUCGCGCGAUGAAGACGAGGAGUGGGAAGAACCGGGUGCUCGGCCCACGCCCGCGCGGGGCGCCCGACCGUCAUUGCCCAGUCUGAGGACCAACUACGAUAGCACAGAUGACUUGGUGCCCGUGCAGCUGCACGAUGGACCCGAGUUCUACUCGCCUGGCGCCAGAGAUGAAGACGACACCCUCCCCCUGACGGAUGCGCCUCGGAGUGGGUCGAGAAUCACAGCGUCCGAUGGCCCCUCAACGCCUCCUGGCCAGCGACAUGACAGAAGUCGAGGGUUUGGGUCUGCGUUGAGUGUCCGCUUCGUUGGUGGCCCAAGCCCCAGUCGCAGUCCCAGUGGCUCCAUGCUGGGCGACGAUUUACGAGCCUCGGACACCGAAUCAAGAGAACCCCGGCUUGGCCGAUCUGGCUCAAGCCGCAAGCGCUCCCUAUCGCCUGCAUCCGCUGAAUCACGCCUGUGGAGAACUGGGACCAUGCUCCGUAAAAUGUCUCAGCGCGUGGUCAACGUCUCAAACGAGGGCGUCGAUGCGCUUGUGUCCCGUAGCAUGAAACGGCGGCCAUCUGUCCUCGCCCCUUCACCAGACACCGAAACAGAGCGCCCAGAUAACGAGUCUCAUACCACAGACUUCGCAACGCUGGAUGGUGCGCAAUCGAAACGCUCGGAAAAGUCCUCUUCGUCCGCAGGCCGCGAGGAAUUUCCUUUGCAGCUUCCGAAGAUCGACAGAAACCCGCUGCGCGGCAAGUCACUCGGUAUGUUUUCUCCGCAAAGUCGCCUGCGGCAGAAUCUGCUCGAACUACUGGUGAAUCCGCUGUGCGAAGCCGUCAUCCUCCUCCUCAUUAUCAUUCAGACUGUCAUCUUGGCGAUCGACUCCGCGCGGAAUGUGUAUAGCCACCCCCGGCCAGCCCGUUUUGGUAAGCAAUGGACUGAUUGGGCUCUGUUCGGGAUAUUCUGUGUCUACUCUAUCGAAAUCAUGAUCAAAGUCAUCGUGUCUGGCUUCAUCUGGAACCCCAGAGAGUAUAGCACCAUCGAUCGCAGCAUUGGCGUGAGGGAAGCUCUCCGGAAGAAGGCUAAUGAGCUCUUCGCAUUGCACCGCAAACCCACGCAAAAGGAUCCAAAGCAUGCCCCUGACCGGCCCGAAGCCCCAGCCUCCUUGCUCAGAACCUUCACUGUGGACACGUUCGAUGAAGCGGCGGGUGGCUCGCGUUACGCCAGGAAGAAACGGCUGGCGCACCGCGCGUUUCUGCGUCACAGCUUCAACAGAGUCGACUUUGUCGCCGUCCUCGCUUUCUGGAUCAGCUUUCUGUUGAACUUUUUCGAAUUACAGAGCGUGUUCCACAUAUACGUCUUCAACAUGAUGUCUUGCCUGCGCAUCAUUCGCCUUCUCGGCAUCACCUCUGGCACUUCAGUGAUCUUGCGCUCCCUCAAGCGCGCUGCACCAUUGUUGCUCAAUGUGGCAUUUCUCAUCGGGUUUUUCUGGCUUCUGUUCGCCAUCGUGGGCGUCCAGGCCUUCAAGGCUAGCUUGCGACGCACCUGCGUGUGGGAUGGACCGGCCGCAUUUCCUCCUCAAAGCCAGAACUACACGCUGAACUACCCGGACGGAAACGGCAACAUUCAGUACUGUGGUGGCUGGCUGCAUCCCAAUGGUACUCGAAUGCCUUGGCUCCUGCCGGAUGGUAGCAACGGAGCGUCGGCUCACAAAGGCUACAUCUGCCCUGUCGGGUCCUACUGCGUACAGGGGCCUAAUCCAUACAAUGGCACGGUCAGCUUUGACAACAUCGGGAACAGCCUUGAGCUUGUCUUUGUGAUUCUGUCGACAAACACUUUCGCCGAUAUCAUGUACAACCUAACGGAAACGGACUACCUGGCUUCGGCACUGUUCUUCGCUGCGGGCAUCGUCAUCCUCACACUAUGGUUGGUCAACUUGCUCAUAGCGGUCAUCACAAGCUCUUUCCAGGUGAUUCGGGAGGAAAGCCGAAGCAGUGCUUUCAUGGCCGAAGCGACUGAUGCAGAGAAGGAUGCGACCGAAGAAGACAGCGACAUACGCAACAAUCCCGAGCUCAUGCGGAAAGAGCCUGCCCUGAGACGGUUCUAUCACAAACUCAAAUGGUUCUGGAUCCUGGUCAUCGUCUUCGGGCUCCUCGUCAACUGUACACGAAAUGCUACCAUGGGCAAUUUCUUAAAAGGCUUCAUUUACCUGUCCGAGCUCGGUGUGACGUUUAUCCUCUUCUGCGAGAUUAUCAUCAGAUUCAUUGUCGACUGGCGCGACUUCAUCAAGCACUUCGAAAACUGGUUCGACCUUUCUUUGGCAAUCGUUACCGCCGUGAUUGAGAUACCGGCGAUUCGGGACGCUUACAACGGGCAAGCGUAUGCGUGGCUCAGCGUCUUUCAGAUCAUGCGUGUGUACCGCGUGGUUCUAGCGGUCAGUAUCACGCGGGAACUGAUCCUACUGGUCCUUAAGCACGUAACCGGUGUGCUGAAUCUGAUCCUGUUCGUGUUUCUCCUGACCUUCCUGGCAUCCAUCUUUGCCGUCCAACUUUUCCGCGGUGAGAUACCGACGGAGCAACCCUCGGGUAUAUCACUCUACACCACCUUCUCGACAAUCUACAACGCCUACCUGGGCAUGUACCAGAUCUUGAGCUCGGAGAAUUGGACGGACAUCCUCUACACCGUUCAAGCCAGUGAGACCCAAUACUCGACCAGCUGGAUCGGCGCCAUAUUCAUCUGCCUGUGGUUUGUGUUCGCGUUCUUCAUCACGCUGAACAUGUUUAUUGCCGUGAUCCAGGAGAAUUUCGAUGUCAGUGAGGAUCAGAAACGCGUUCAGCAAGUGAGAAUGUUCUUGCAGCAGAAAGAGAUGGGCUCAAACUCGCAAGGCACACUCAGCCUGUCCACCAUCUUCAAGUUCGGCCGUGUGAGACGGCAAGACCCCUUGGAUUUCGGAUCCGCGGCCACCGACACACUGCUAAAAGACGGUAUCAUCAAGGAGUUCCUGGAUGAUGGCGCCGGCACGGGCACAGCUACGUCUGCACACCCAAGCCUGCAUGGCCAGACUACCUUUGACAUCCUCCAAGGCAAAGAUGCGGCUUUCACGAGCUGGUGGAAGCGGAUUUUCAAGCGCUGGUUCAACAGCGAGCCAAACCCGUUCUUCUCGCGGACACACCUCACCACAUCGGGGAAUGUAGACCCGAGAAUUCUUGCCGAGCAAGUUGUUACCGCUGCGGAACAGCGUCGAAUUGCACAGAGAGCGUAUCUGCGCCGCCAUCCCAACUACAAUGUGUCACUCUAUCUUUUCCGAUACAACAACCCAGUGCGAAAACUCUGUCAGCGCCUGGUUGGCCCUGGCCGAGGAAACGUACGGAUCGAAGGAGUCUCGCCAAACGUCACUGUCUGGUACGCGUUCUCCGCAUUCAUCUAUCUGGCCAUCGUGGCCAUGGUCAUCCUCGCCUGCAUCACCACACCUUUGUAUCAACUACAAUACUUCAGGACCCAUAGCCACACCGUCUUCAACUGGUUCACUUGGACGGACGUGGGAUUCGCGACCUUGUUCACGGUGGAGGCCAUAAUAAAGGUCAUCGCCGAUGGAUUCUUCUGGGCACCACACGCGUACUUUCGGUCCUCUUGGGGUUUCAUCGACGGCAUUGUGCUCCUCACGCUAUGGAUUGAUGUCAUCACGUCAAUCUUCGACCCUGGCGGUGGCUCGCGGGCCGUUGGUGCCUUCAAGGCCCUGCGUGCGCUGCGUUUGCUCAACGUGAGCGACAGUGCUAGGGACACAUUCCACUCGGUGAUCGUACUUGGCGGGUGGAAGGUCGUGUCUGCGGCCUUUGUGUCGAUCAGUCUGCUGAUCCCCUUCGCCAUCUACGGCCUCAAUCUCUUUGCCGGGAAAAUGAUGUUUUGCAGUCAAGAGAAUGGGAGCGGCAAUCCAAUCAAUUCGCCCAUUCCGAUUGUCAAUCUCACCGACUGCGUGGGGGAGUUCUACUUUACCGGCUACAACUGGCCGUACCCAGCCCCGCGCCAAGUGCGAAACAGCUGGUACAGCUUCGACGACUUCGGAGAUGCGCUCUUCGUACUGUUUGAGAUUGUCUCACAAGAGGGGUGGGUGCAGGCGAUGUGGAGUGCACAGUCCAUCUCCGGGAUAUUCACUCAGCCGACGGACUUUGCCUCGCAAGGCAACGCCAUCUACUUUGUGAUCUUCAAUCUACUGGGAGCGGUGUUUGUGCUGACACUGUUUGUCUCCGUGUUCAUGCGAAACUACACCGAGCAAACCGGCGUUGCGUUCCUGACCGUCGACCAGCGAAGUUGGCUCGAGCUACGGAAGCUGUUGCGACAGGUCGCGCCCAGCAAAAGACCGUACAACAAGAAGAAGCGGGAGGACUGGCAGGAAUGGUGCUACCGGCGGGCGGUCACGAAGACAGGGUGGUAUCAAAGGUCCAUGACCGGAGUGCUGAUUCUCCAUCUGAUCCUGCUGUGCCUCGAAUUCUACCCGGAGCCCUGGCAGUGGGCGCGCACCAGGAACUACAUCUUCGCGGUGUUCACGCUGAUCUACGUCGUGAAUAUUGUCAUCCGCAUCAUCGGCUUGUCGUGGACACGGUUCCGAAAGAGCGCGUGGGAUGUGUACUCUUUGCUGGCUGUGUCCGGCACGCUGGUCACCACUAUCCUCACCGCGACCGAGCCCAACUCUCCGGACGUCCUCCAGGUACAUAAGCUGUUUCUGGUGUCUAUUGCCUUGCUGUUGAUCCCGCGGAACAACCAGCUCGACCAAUUAUUCAAGACGGCCGCUGCGAGUUUGUCUUCCAUCGCCAAUCUGCUGGCGACUUGGUUUGUCCUAUUUCUGGUCUAUGCGAUUGCGAUGACCCAGGCGUUCGGGCUGACGCGCUUCUAUUAUAACGGGACCAACAACAUCAACUUCCGAACCGUGCCCAAGGCCCUCAUUCUGUUGUUCCGCAUGUCGGUCGGCGAGAAUUGGGAUCAGAUCAUGGAAGACUUUGCGAGAGUCGUCCCGCCGUACUGCACGGUGGGAGAGACGUACCUUGAAGGCGACUGUGGCAGUGCAAGGUGGGCGCGUGCCCUGUUCAUCUCGUGGAACAUCCUGAGCAUGUACAUCUUUGUGAACUUGUUCAUUUCUCUGAUCUAUGAGAGCUUCUCGUACGUGUACCAGAGAAGCAGCGGCCUCUCCAUCAUCAGCCGGGAGGAGAUUCGCCGAUUCAAGCAGGCCUGGGCGGAAUUCGACCCCAACGGCACGGGUUUCAUCUCCAAAGACGCCUUUCCAAGGUUCCUGGGCGAGCUGUCCGGCGUGUUUGAGAUGCGCAUCUACGACGGCGAUUUCUCUGUGCGGGCGCUGAUCGACGAGUGCAAGAUGGAGGCGAAAAGAGCGUCGGCCCUUUCGUUCGAUAGGGCGAGCGUCGGGCCGGCGGAAAUCGACAUCCAGCGACUGAAUCGGCGGCUGGCGGAGCUGCCAGUCGACCAGAUCCGAAGACGGCGCGCCAGGAUGAACGCGUUCUACGAAGAAGUCUUGGUGUCGGCCGAUCCCGACCGGGGAAUAUCCUUCAACGCGGUGCUCAUGAUCCUCGCGCACUACAAAGUCAUCAACGACACCAAGGCCUUGAAGAUGGAGGAGUUCCUGCGCCGGCGAGCCAGGCUGCAACGUGUCGAACAGGCGGUGAACCGUAAGGUCGUUCAGGGCUUUUUCGACACUCUGUACUACAGCCGGCGCUUCCGCCGCAUGAAGGAGGGCAGAGUGAAUGCGCGCGUCACCGCAGUCCCCAAUCUCGGCAUUCCCGAAAUUUUCGUGCAGGAUGAGAGCGACGAAGAGGAUGUCGGCCAAGGCAAGAAGUUUGACAAUAUCCCGUAUGUGGCAGUCACGCCGGUGGACUACGAACCGCCGCGGACGAGUGGCGAUGGUGGAGUCGGGCGAGCGCCGACGAGUGGCUCGGACGCAGGCCGCACGCAUUGGUCGGAGAUGCGCAACCGCAGCAAUUCAAUCCAGAGCUCGGCGCCGCCAUCGCCGUCGCAAGAGUCGUACCUUUCUGCCACCCGGCACCGGCCGUCUGGCUCCUCGAGCAGCAUUCAGCCCGACUGGCACUUUGCGGCGGCGAUGGAGAAUGCAGGUGGACUGUCUCCGCCGCCAAGUCCUGGCUACCCGCCAGCGAGCGAGGACGGGCCGGCCGACGAGAACGAUGGGGCGACGAGAAGCCGGGCCAACAGCGCGGUCAGUCAGAACGAGGUGAUGGGGAUGUUCCAAAACAGCGUAUGGGGGCGGAGCAUGAGGCGGAGCGCAACGCAGCGACGACGGGAGAGCCAGCUUUCUUCAUGAGAACGAUGAGAGCUACGACGGAAUGAAUGCCAUUGACGGGAGGCGCGGUAGAAUUGAUGGAGAGGGUGCGUGGAGAUGGCGUCUGGCGUCUGUCUACAUCCCGGGCCUUCUGCCUGGCCGUCGAUAUGAGCGACUGAGGGCGAUACACUCUAGAUACCCCCUAUGUUUCGGUGUAAUAGACGAAGUGCAUACGGAUUUUGUCAGCAUCGCCGAGUCGACAGCGUUAAAGUUGAUUGGAGUGGAUUGGUCGAGGACAUACCUGCUCGCAUGCCCGUCCAAU